CUGGAAAAUGCCAUCUUCAACUUCAAUAUGAACCUUCAGGCCCAAAUUUGGGUCUCUCUAAUACGCUGCUCGAUCUUUGCUUUCCCUCCAACAUAGAGGUUGUAUGUGGCUCUUGUUUGAAAUUGACCUGACGGGCGAUGUAACUCACUUGGUAAGCAAAAGCUAGAGAAACAACAUGUCUCUGUCUUCCAUCUUGGACCACGUCACCCUUUUGGUCUACAAUACAUUUUGAACCGUGAGCGUCGGCACUCUUACGGUGUCGACAGCGCACUUUCACAGUCGCCAAGCAAGUAACGUCACAGAUCUUGGAAUGGAGAGGGGGUUUGGCGAACAUGUCAGAAGUCAAAAGGGAAAAGCACCGGCAAAAGAGGAAGGACGUUUUGAUAGAGGAAGAGGCUAAUCCAUGCAUUGUAACUGAACAUGUCGAGACUCCAUGUUCAAGACUCUUCUAUCACAAAGUUUCGUGGAUAUCGUCAGAUCUCAUCACAUACAUUGCAGAUGUCCCAAGACAUAGAGAGGAAAGUGUCAGUGAGGGCCAGGACAUCAAAAGCUCCGCCAGUCUCUCCUUUGCCGUGCUCACAACCUUUGGCCUUCUCAAUCUCGUCACUGCGGUCCCUACCACCCCCCUUAACUCCCCCGUUCAUGAACGGGACACCCCUACCACCCGCUUCUCCUUCGCCAAAUGGGUAGACGACAUCAUUGUCAACCCCAAGACCGCCCUCACUUCGGAACAAGCAUGGCAGGCUUAUCUUGACUCGACGCUCAACGGUACUUCAGUUGCCUCGACUACCGCUACUGAGGAUCAUGGCCUAGGGGAGGUAGACAAGCGAUGGGAUGCUGCUGUGACAUGUAACGGCACCCCCGUUCCCCCGGCGCGGACCGAAUACGCUGUUGCCUGUAUAAAUUAUCUUGCUAAACUCGGCCCAAGAGCUUGCUCCGCCGAUCCGUUGUCUUCCUUCUGUAAAGCCGAUCAGUGGGCCGAGAUCACGGGCACUACCUGCAAUCCUGGAACCUCUAAUUGCGAAUCUUGGAGUUCUUGCCAGGAAGUUGCUCGUACUGCCGGUCUCAUCAUGGACACAUGCACGUAUUCCGUCGGAUCGGAAUUGUACAUACAGGGCCAGCGCAUGAAUUAUGCCUUUGAUAAGAAUCCGAAGGCGAACAUGAUGGUCUGGGUUCGAACUGUCACUCAAUUUGUAGAGCCGCACUGUGGGUAUGUGGGACCUUAA